UUAAAGGGUCAGAGAGCGCCAUUAAUGACCGACCUGCCAUUCAUCUCUCGGUCUACCAAGUGUUUCUCCACGACCAAAACCGAAAUCCGUAUGCAGCCACUGAUGCCAUUCAGAGAGAAGAGACUCAGUACAACCAUUCAUCAGGUCUCUCCACUAUCACCUGCUGGGUUCAUUUCAGCAUGUGGAUUUUGUGAGAAGAGAUUCACAGUUAAUUCCUGCACUUUCACCUCCUUUGAGUCCUCUUGACCCCCAACUCUGUGAUGUGGAGGGACUUACAGCCCACUAUAUUUCCCCUCUUCAGCCAUUUGAAUGCAUCACAUUUCUAAAACAGACAAAAUAGAGCUAUUCACCCUUUUCUUUACAAAGGAACAUGAAGUUGCUCUGACCUUUAAAUGUCUUGUCAUCUUUGGCCCUUAAGAUGGAUGCACCCCUACAUGUGAUGUGUUUAUGUUAAACAGUUAUGAGGUGUAAGCGAAAUCACUCCCUCAAAAUAUAAAGAAGCUGAGAGCCGAGUUACAACAGUCAUUAGGCGAGGCAAGAUCAGUCACUAAAUAUUGCAGACACCAUGAUCUCUGUCUACUCCUUCUUGUUUACUCUGGUGCUGUUCUCCGAGCUGAGCAGCCACUUGCUAACUGUAGCCAUACCUGCAACUAAACUAGAGGAUGGUAUAACAGAGCAAGAUGGCCUCGGUUCAUUACUGGGCAGUGAACCCAUAACUGAGCCUGUCGAGGCUCCCCCCGUGUACAGACGAAAUCUUGUGCUGGACAGCAACGUCAGGGAUGAAGAUGGGAACCCCAAAUUCAUCAUUGUCUCGGACAUGAGGCUGAAAGGACACAACAUUCGUGGGCUGAACCCAGCCUUGACCCGGAGCCUUCCUCUGCUUACAGACCGAAGCUUGAGCCACACUCCUGUCGAGCACAGUUUGAAAAUAGAUCGUAGAAACACUGACCUUGACAUGCUGCGAUGUAUGAUAGGAAGAGUGUACCGACCCUGCUGGCAAGAAUAAGUUUCCCCUGUGCUGCUACCCUUCCCUCAAUGUGCUGUAAAG